AUGACGACCCUGCGGAGUGAGCCAAUGCUCAGGGGCACGCUGGUGCUGCCAUCGGCCCUGCCUGUGGCUCGCGGCUGCUUAGACGCUUUGGGUAGACAGGGAAGUGUCCACUUCAUGGACAUGAACGCGCACUCUCUGACGCGCCAGUUCAACACUUACAUUCAGCGCAUCGACGAAAUGGAACGGAUUAUCCGUUUUUUGGAAGAGGAGGUGAACCGCUUGCAAGAUGCGGGCGCCAAGAUCAUCAUCGGACCGGAGGGUCCGCAAAACUUCCUGGACAACGACAAGGGUUAUCAGUUGGACAAGGUGGAGGAGGCUCUGAACCGUCUGCAUGCUCAAUUCGUUCGGUUCAAAAGCAACAAUGCAGAUCUUAUUCAGCAGAAGAAUGCAGCUUUGGAGGAAAAAUGCGUUAUGCAGACGGCGGUCCAGCAGCUACGAGGGGCGAGUCUGAAGGAAGACUUCGGAGCGGGUGCGCGUAUAACCGCUGCGGAAGGGUCUCCUGCGGGUCAGUCGGAGGAGGAAGUUGCGAAAGCUCUGCUGCGUCAGGAUGACGGUAAGGAUGGGAUACCAACAGCGGACGAUCCUGAACAAGGCUUGACGAGGCCUGAAGGAGGCGCCUCGGGAUCAAGCGUCUCGACCGUCGCUGGCAUGGUUGCGACCUCGGAUAUUGGCAGGUUUCAACGGAUGCUCUUCCGGACGACUCGAGGCAAUGCCUUUUGUUUUUUCCAAUCCGCCGCCGAAAAGCUCAUAGACAGCCACACGGGCAAAGAAAUCGAAAAAGGCGUCUUUGUCAUCUACUACCAAGGAGCGACGCACUCGCUUCUUCAUGAGAAGAUCGUGAAGGUCUGUGCGGCGUUCGAUGCGAAGCCCUACGAGUGGCCUCAUAGUGCUGAGGAGGCUUCUGCUCGUCUCGAAGCGCUGCAAAGCCUGCUUGACGAUAAGGAACGCGCCCUCGCUGCUUACGAAAAAUAUUUCCUCGGUGAAAUCAGUUUGCUUCUCGAGGUGACGAGGUCAGGUGGUUCGUCCUUGUUGGAAGAGUGGAAGAUGUUUUGCCAGAAGGAAAAAGCGGUGUACGUCACCCUCAAUCAGUUCCAUGGACGCGACAUGACGCUCCGGUGUGACUGUUGGAUUCCGCAAGACAAGGAGGAAGAGGUUCGCGCCCUGCUGAAGGACGUUAGUGCUGAGUCUGCUGGCGAUGAACAGGCGUCCGCUUUUUUGCUGAUCGAAAAAGGCCGACCGACAGCCAUGCCGCCUACGUACUUCAAAACGACUGAAUUCACAGAGCCGGCACAGAUCAUGGUGGAUACCUACGGCGUCCCGCGGUAUCAGGAGGCCAAUCCUGCUGUUCUGACCACGAUCACUUUCCCGUUUCUCUUCGGUGUGAUGUAUGGAGACAUUGGUCAUGGUCUCUGCGUCAUGCUGAUGGGACUGUGGCUCAUGAUUCGAGCGAAGGCGCUGCAGCGAGACCGCAGUUCGGCUUUCCACGACGCAGUCAAGUAUCGGUAUAUGAUCUUCCUUAUGGGGUUUUUCGCCGUCUUCGGGGGCUUCAUGUACAACGACUGGUUCGCCCUUGGAGUGGACAUCUUCGGCUCGCGGUGGACCGCAAAGGGGGGGACGACAGGAGCGACCAAUAUAACGCUGGCGAAGAAAGAUGGCGACUUCCCGUAUCCCUUCGGUUUCGAUCCAGCUUGGAAGGGUGCGGCGAAUGAGUUGCUGUUCACCAACUCCUUCAAGAUGAAGUUCUCCGUCAUUGUUGGCUUCGUCCAGAUGUUCGCCGGUGUCCUGCUGAAGGGGUCGAAUGCGAUUUUCUUCAGGGAACCGCUGGAUUUCAUUUUUGAAUUCAUCCCUCAAGUCUUGUUCAUUUGUUCUUUAGUCGGAUAUAUGGAUUUCCUCAUUGUGUACAAGUGGGUCACACCUGAAGAGAGGAACAAGCCAAAUCUUAUCAAUACAAUCAUCAAUAUGUGCAUGCUUUCUGAGGUUAAAAGUGAAGACGAGAUGUACUCGAAUCAGCAGUUGGUUGAGCGUGCCUUGUUUUUGCUUAUGGUUAUUUCCAUUCCUCUGAUGCUCAUUCCCAAGCCGCUUAUACUCUGCUCGCGAAUGAAGAAAAACCACCCGCGGAGCGAGGACAAGCAACAGUUGAGCUCCGGGAAAACGAACAGCUCAACUAUUGAGCUCGAGCGAGCUCCCAACGCGGACCAUGGAACAGGAGCCGGUGGCGCUGAAGGAGACAGCGAACAUCCGGUUGCAGGCGGAGCUCUGCGAAAGCAAGCUUCGGCAGAAGAGGCUGACGACGAUAUGCUCGCUGGUGCCAAGGUGGAAGAUCACGAGGAGGAGCAUGAAGGCCCUGGAGACAUCUUUAUUCAUCAGAUGAUUGAAACAAUUGAGUUCAUUCUCGGUACCAUCUCCAACACUGCUUCAUACCUUCGACUGUGGGCGUUGUCACUGGCGCAUCAGCAGCUGGCGCUGGUGUUCUACACCCAGACGGUGGUCCGGGCAAUCGAACUGACAGACAAUGUGGCAGUGGUUACCGUUGCACUAUUUUUUAUUUUUGCGGCGUACGCAUGCAUCACUUUCGCUGUUAUUCUCUGCAUGGAUUUCUUGGAAGUUUCUCUUCAUGCUCUGAGGCUGCAGUGGGUAGAAUUCCAGAACAAGUUUUUCAAGGGCGACGGGUACAAAUUCGCACCACUGUACUUCAUCAAGCUUCUGCAGGGCGAGGAAGCUUAA